GUACGGUACUACGGCUCGAACGUGAACCCAAGAAAGAAUCCGAUAAUAUUUUCCUUAAAGGAGAAAAACCACAAAAGCUAACAAUCAAAGUGAAAUCUGCCCCUCUAGGGUUUCCAACAAAUCAUUCCCAUUAAAUUUCUUUGUUUUCUUUGCUCUGGUUCUUGGCGAUAUGAUCACGCCGCGAAGGAAGGCGUGGUCUCCACUAACUCUAACUCCGCCUACUGAGCCGCAGAUGGCGGGGGUUCCGAACACUAGCAGCGGUGGCAUUCGGGGUAAGGGAAAAGCUGUUGCUUUUGCCCAUGAUACUAGGAAACUGCCACCGCCUCCUGUUGCCUCUCUUAGUGGCAAGGGGCCUCUGAAUGUUGAGGUGGAAGAGGAGGACAUGGAGGAUUGGAGGCGGUUCAAGGAAGCUGGGUUGUUAGAUGAAGCGGCCUUGGAAAGGCGGGACCACGAGGCCCUUGCCGAAAGGCUCUCCAACCUCGAAGGGGAGCUUUUUAACUACCAGUACAAUAUGGGGCUCCUCCUCAUUGAGAAAAAAGAAUGGACAUCAAAGUGUGAAGAAUUAAAGCAAGAACUUGCUGAAGUUGAGGAGAUUCUCAGACGUGAGCAGGCAGCCCACUUGAUUGCAUUAUCUGAAGUUGAAAAGCGAGAGGAGAACUUGGCAAAAGCCUUAGCUGCUGAAAAACAGUGUGUGGCUGAUCUUGAAAAAGCAUUGCGUGAUAUUCAAGAAGAACAUGUCCAGGUUAAGCUUAGUUCUGAUACAAAGUUGGCUAAUGCAAAUGCAUUGGUUGCUGGAAUUGAAGGAAAAUCCUUAGAGGUGGAAGAAAAGCUGCGUGCUGCUGAUGGUAGGCUUGCAGAGGUGAAUAGAAAAAGUUCAGAAUUGGAAAGGAAACUGCAAGAGAUGGAGGCUCGUGAAAGUGUGCUUCAAAGAGAGCGUCUUUCCUUUGUUGCAGAACGAGAAGCAUAUCAGGCAACUUUUUACAAACAGAGGGAAGACUUGAAUGAGUGGGAGAAGAGACUAAACAAAGGAGAAGAGAAGCUGACUGAACUGAGGAGAAUGCUCAACCAGAGGGAGGAAAAGGUGAAUGAGAACGAUAGGCAUUUCAAGCAGAAAGAGAGGAGCCUUGAAGAGCUGCAAAAUAAGAUUGAUUUAUCCACAUUGAAGUUAAAGGAGAUGGAAGAUGAUAUAGGCAAACGUUUGACAGACUUGGUUUCAAAAGAGAAGGAAGCUGAGUCCAUUAGAAGUACUCUAGAGGCAAAAGAGAAGGAUCUAGUUGCACUGGAAGAAAUGCUUACUGCUAGAGAAAGGGUGGAGAUUCAGAAACUUGUCGAUGAGCAAAGGGUUAUUCUGGAUGCUAAAAGGCAGGAGUUUGAAUUGGAACUUGAAGAAAAGAGGAAGUCUGUUGAUGAGGAACUGGAAGGCAAGAUACAUGAAAUAAACCAGCAGGAAGCCGAAAUUAAUCACAAAGAAGAAAAGUUGAGGAAACAAGAACAGGCACUGGAUAAGAAGUCAGAGAGAAUGAAGGAGAAAGAAAAGGACCUUGAGGUGAGGUUGAAAGCAGUCAAGGACAAAGAGAAAUUUGUGAAAACUGAGGAGAAGAAGUUGGAGCUGGAAAGGCAGCAGCUGUAUGCUGCUAAAGAGAACUUACAGGCUCUCAAAGAUGAGAUUGAUAAGAUAGGUUCUGAAACCAGUCAACAAGAGUUACGAAUUCAAGAAGAGUCUGAAAAGCUUAAAAUUACUGAAAAGGACAGAGCUGAACAUAUCCGCUUGCAGUCUGAAUUGAAGCAGCAGAUAGUCAACUGCAGACAUCAGGAGGAGUUACUUUUGAAGGAACAUGAGGACCUCAAACAGCAAAGGGAAAAUUUUGAGAAAGAGUGGGAUGCUUUGGAUGAUAAAAGAGCUGAAAUCAUUAUGAAACAAAAGGAAAUUGAUGAAGAAAAGGAAAAGUUCGAAAAAUUGCAACAUUCAGAAGAAGAAAGAUUGAAGAAAGAAGAAGCUGCCAUGCAAAAUUAUGCUUGUAGGGAGAUGGAAUCUCUCAGGCUGCAGAAAGAAUCAUUUGAAGCCACAAUGAAGCAUGAGAAAUCAAAUUUGCUGGAAGAAGCUCAGAAUGAGCGAACUAGAAUGCUUCAAGAUUUUGAAGAGAGGAAAAUGAAUCUUGAAACUGAUAUGAAGAAUAGAUUUGAUCAAAUGCAGAAAGAUCUGCAAGAAAGGAUUGUUGCAUUUGAGGAGGUGAAGGAGAGAGAACUUGCUAAUUUGAGAUGCUCAAAAGAAGAUGCUGAGAGUCAACUGGAAGAACUAAAAUCUGCAAGGUGUGCUGUAGAAAGGGAAAAACAAGAAGUUGCAAUGAACAGGGAUAAGCUGAAAGAGCAGCAGCUAGAAAUGCGAAAAGACAUUGAAGAACUUGGUAUCCUUAGCAGUAAGCUCAAAGACCAGCGGCAACAGUUUAUCCGUGAAAGACAUAGCUUCCUUGAAUUUGUAGAGAAGCACAAGUCUUGUAAGAACUGCGGAGAAGUAACAAGGGACUUUGUACUCUCUAACUUCGAAAUUCCUGAUUUGCAGGAUAGGAAAAUCCUUCCUCUUCCACAGCUAGCUGGUGAAACCUUAAGCCAUCAUCAACGUUAUGUAGGUGGUUCUGGUGCUACAAAUAUCAAUAGAUCUCCUGAAGCUGAUGCGCAAUAUCCAGAGUCUGCUGGACGCAUGUCCUGGCUUCGCAAAUGUACUAAGAUUUUUAGCAUUUCGCCAACUAAGAGAAAUGAAAGUAAAGCUGAAAGGCCUAGCAUGCUUACCGCUACAGAAGCAGGAGUGAGUAUUCAAGGAGAGGCAGGAGAGCCAUAUUUAGGGAUUACAGGUGACACUGUCCGUAACCAAUUGCUCCAAUCUAAUACAAUUAGGGAGGUGGGUGAUGGAUCUGUCCCAUCUGCUGAUCAUAGCUUUGGUGAGAGUAAGGUGCAAGAUGUUCCUGAAGAUUCUCAGCAAUCAGAGCAGAAGAGUGAUCACCGCAAACCUAGAAGAAAACCUAAAUCUGGACUGAAUCGAACACGCUCCGUGAAGGCUGUAGUUGAAGAUGCAAAACUAUUCCUUGGUGAAAGCCCUGAAGGACCUGAGCCUAGUAAUAGGGUGCAGUCACAUGAAACCAGUCAUGUCAAUGAAGAAAGUGCUGGUGUUUCUAGUCAUACUGUUGAGGGGGCAGGACCACGGAGUAAUGCAAGAAAACGGCAACGCCAACAAAAUUCCCAAGUUAGAGACAGUGAGUUGGAUGCUGCAGAUAGUGAAGGACACUCUGAUAGUGUCACGGCUGGUGGGAGAAGGAAGAGGCAACAAACAGUUACUCCAGGCCUCCAAACCCCAGGACAAAACCGAUACAAUCUCAGGCGACCCAAGACUACAGUCACAGCCACAGCAGCACAGGCCUCAUCUGAUGUCCUGAAGACUAGGAAGGAGCCUGAGGAUGGUGGGUUGGAGGGAGGAGUGCAUACUAGGAAGGAGCCUGAGGAUGGUGGGUUGGAGGGAGGAGUGCAUACAAGGAAGGAGCCUGAGGAUGGUGGGUUGGAGGGAGGAGUGCAUACUAGGAAGGAACCUGAGGAUGGUGAGAACAGAAGAUCUAACUUGGUGCAGGUUACAACAAUAAAAAAUGUGGAGAUCUUAGAAAGCGAGGUGGUUAAGCUCAAAACAAGCGUGGAUGUUGGUGGCAAUGAAAUAGCAGCAAAGACAGUCAAAAGUGUGGAUUUGAUUGAAGAAGUAGAUGUUACAGCUGAAAAUGGUGAUGAAGAUGAGAGUUGGGGCAGAUUCCAUGAGGAGGAUGAAGAGGACGAGGGUGAUGAUGAGAUGGAAAAUCCGGGUGAUGUGUCAAUUGGAAAGAAAAUCUGGACAUUUUUUACCUCAUAAGUCAUAAGGCUCCUAUUUUGUUUUUGUUUUUUAAUUUUCUUUGAGACUGAGGGACGUUGCUAUGCUACACUUUGGCACAAUAAGUUGUGUAACUAGGAUGCUUUAACUUUAGCUUUAGUUUUAGCUUCAGCUUCUGAGCUUUGCAUUGUAUCUUGUGUAUGGCUUAUAUAGGAAUGUUUCCUGUCUGUGGAUUCCCCGGGAAAGUGAUGUGGAAGUGGUAACAACAAUUGAUUUCUAGUUCGUUUUGUACACUAUAUUCUUUAGUUGCAAGUAUGUUUUGCUUCAUUUUUAUCA